GCUAGCCGGCGCGCGAUUGGCUGCCGCUGUGGCUUGCGCAUCGUGCUUCCUCGUCUGCCCCUAGUGUUCACUGGAGCUCUUUCUCUUUUUCCCUCGGCCGAGAAAAGGCUACGGCGGCAAUGGCAUCACUCGGCGCCCUGGCGCUACUCCUGCUGUCCGGCCUCUCCUGCAGUUCAGCAGAGGCCUGCAUGGAGCCCCAGAUCAGUCCUUCCUACUAUACCACUUCUGACGCAGUCAUUUCCACUGAAACUGUCUUCAUUGUGGAGAUCUCCCUGACGUGCAAGAACAGGGUCCAGAACAUGGCUCUUUAUGCUGAUGUUGGGGGAAAACAAUUCCCUGUCACCCGUGGCCAGGACGUGGGGCGUUAUCAGGUGUCCUGGAGUCUGGAACACAAGAAUGCCCACGCGGGUACAUACGAAGUCAGAUUCUUUGAUGAGGAGUCCUACAGCCUCCUUAGGAAGGCUCAGAGAAAUAACGAGGACAUUUCAAUCAUCUCACCCCUUUUCACAGUCAGUGUGGACCAUCGGGGUACCUGGAACGGACCAUGGGUCUCCACUGAGGUGCUGGCCGCAGCAAUUGGCCUUGUGAUCUACUACCUAGCCUUCAGUGCAAAGAGUCACAUCCAGGCCUGACAGUGUGUCCUCAGCCCUCCCUUGCUUCCUUUAAUAAACGGUUGCUGGCUGUCAGGAGUACA